AAGUGUCCAAACACAGAAAACUCCUGCUAAAGCGACUGAUCUCCACACUGUUAUAAAGAUGGCGUUUAUUAAAGAGGAGAGUGAAGAUGUGAAGAUUGAAGAAACAUUCAGAGUCAAUCAGGAAGAUCUGCAGGAACAAACAGCCCUGAUGGUGCUGAAAGAAGAGACUCAUCAAUGGAAUGAAAUGGAAGAGAAACACCAAGACAUAACGACUGAUGAAAAACCCACACUGACUAAAAAGACUUCAUCACACGGAAGUCCUCGGAAAUCCAAAUCCAGGUGUAAUUUCAGCUGUAAACAGUGUGGAAGGAGUUUCAGUCAAAAGCCAAGCCUUGAUGUUCACAUGAGAGUUCACACUGGGGAGAAACCUUACAGCUGCGAACAGUGUGCAAAGAGUUUUGGUCAAAUACAAGGCUUUAAAGCCCACAUGAGAAUUCACACUGGAGAGAAGCCAUACACAUGCCAACAGUGUGGAAAAAGCUUCUAUCAUGCAGGAAACUUGGCAGUGCACAUGAGAAUUCACACUGGGGAGAAGCCUUACUCUUGCCCUCAGUGUGGAAAGAGUUAUAAGCAAAAUUGCACCCUUGAAGUCCACAUGAGGAUUCACACUGGAGAAAAACCUUACACAUGCACAGAGUGUGGUAAAAGUUUCCCAUAUAAAAACACACUCAAACACCACAUGAUAAGUCACACCGGACAGAAGCCGUUUGCAUGUGCUCAGUGUGGAAAGAGCUUCACAACCAAAGCUAGCCUCAUGAACCACAUGGAUGGUCACACUGGAACCAUAGUGUUCACAUGUGAUGAGUGUGGAAAGAGUCUCACACGCAAAGACUCCUUUAACAAACACAUGAAGACUCACUCAGAUGAGGAUCGUUUUAGAUGCAGUGAGUGUGGAAAGGGCUUUAACCGUAAAAGAAGCCUCAGCACUCACAUGAAGCUUCACAAUGGAAAGCAGAGUCCUCAAAAAUGAGACCAUGUCCACACAAACACAGGUAUAUUCAAAACGGCAGCUUUUUCAUGUAGUUUGGCUGUUCAUUCACAUGAAGUUUAUUUAUAAACUAUUUUCAUUUUCCCAGGGUUCCCAUGUUUCCUCCCACAGUCCAAAAACACACGACCUAAGUAAACUGAACAUUCUAAAUCUUAGUAAGCCAUAUAUCUCUCUUUAGCCAUUCCUGUAUUUGUCAUUAGAACAGAAACAAGUCAGGAGAGUUCAUUGAGAUCUACCUGAGCUCAAAAUCUUAUGAGCUUAGGGCUCUCUCCCGGGACAGCUUGCCAAACAAGUGUGAACUCUUGAAUACAUAUCAAGUUACUGAUAAUGAAACCCUUUGAACACCUGAAGAUGUAAACUCAAUAGCUGAAGAGGGGUGAAGAUUUUGACAACCAGUACCAGGUUGUAAGAUUUGCUACUGGGCUACAAGAACGCAAUAUAACUCUAUGUUGAUAGAUUGUGUGGCUUGUUUCACAUGCAAAAAAGUAUCUGCAUCUGAAAAGAUGUGUACCAAAUAGCCUACAGGAACUCAAGAGUUGUGACCCAACCAAAGCAGUUGGGUAAUCUCCGAGGUGUUACAUCUUUUGUUAUAAAGUAGUGUCUCACAGACAGUACUUUGGGUUAAGUUACUUGAAGACAGACGAGUUAACAUCACUGCUGAGGAACUGCACUAUUUACUGCUUUCAAUAAAGUCUUCUCCCCAUAAGAACUUUGCUCAGCUUUAUGUAUUAGAGUCAUCUAUUCAGUGACGAGC